AUGGAGGGUCUGUUCUUCAAUGUCAAUAACGGCUACAUCGAGGGCAUUGUACGGGGUUACAGAAACAGUCUUCUGACCGGUGCCAACUAUUCCAACUUGACACAAUGCGAGACCAUUGACGAUCUCAAGCUGCAGCUUGGUCCCGCUUACGGCGACUUCCUCGGAUCCCUCCCCCCGAAUCCGUCUACCUCCAGUCUCGCCGCCAAAACCACCGACAAGCUCGUCUCCGAGUUCCGAUACGUCCGCGCGAAUGCGGUAGGGUCGCUCGCACAGUUUCUCGAUUAUCUAACGUACGGCUACAUGAUCGACAACGUCGCUCUCCUAAUCACCGGUACCCUACACGAACGAGACACCCGUGAGCUGCUAGACCGAUGUCAUCCGCUAGGAUGGUUCGAGACGAUGCCCGUCCUCUGCGUCGCGACGAACAUCGAGGAACUGUACAACAGCGUGCUGAUAGAGACGCCGCUAGCCCCCUAUUUUAAGGGUAGUCUCAGCCACCAGGACCUAGACGAAUUAAACAUCGAGAUCGUCCGGAACACGCUGUACAAGAACUACCUCGAAGACUUCUACAACUUCGUCAACACCCACCCGGAUAUGUCCGGCACACCCACGUCCGAAGUUAUGAGCGAAAUCCUGGAGUUCGAGGCUGACAGGCGAGCUAUCAACAUCACGCUCAACUCCUUCGGCACGGAGUUGAACAAGGCCGACCGCAAGAAGCUGUACCCUAGCUUUGGCAAGCUAUACCCUGAGGGUACCCUGAUGCUGUCGAGGUCGAACGACUUCGAAGGUGUCAGGUUGGCGGUGGAUGGUGUCUCCGAUUACAAGACGUUCUUCGAUGCUGCGGGACUGGGCGGCGGGCCGUCGGGACCGGGUAACAUGGCUGGCGGCGCCGGCGGCAACGAGAGAAGUUUGGAGGAUAUGUUCUACCAGAAGGAGAUGGAGAUCUCCAAAAGUGCCUUCACGAGACAAUUCACAUACGCCAUCGUAUACGCGUGGGUGAAGCUAAGGGAGCAAGAAAUCCGCAACAUCACGUGGAUCGCCGAGUGCAUAGCGCAGAACCAGAAGGAGAGGAUUGGCAACUACAUCAGCGUAUUCUGA